CUCCAUUUCCAAAAUUCAGUUAGUUUACAGAGUGAGGAGAAUAGAGAGAAAAGGAGAGCCGAGAGAAACAGUUUUAAGGGGGUGGCGAAUACAAGUGUUAAUCACAUCAACGAUUUCUUUAGAACGGCACUUGCAUCGCGCGUCCGUCUUUGCUAGUAUUUUCUUGCGAAAAGUUGAGAGAAUUGAAUGGAGCGAUCUUUAAACCUAUUGGAUGAAACCCUAGUUCACAUUCCUUCUUCCAAAGGGAGAGUUAUUCUGAUAGAAGAUCAAGUUGAGACUAGUGGAGCUUUUGUUCUUCAUCACCUCAUUAAGCGUUCUCUUUCCAUUGAAUCUUCUGAAAUCGUUAUCUUUGUUGCUCUUUCGAAGCCUUUCUCUCAUUACGACCGCGUCUUAAGAAAACUGGGAUGCAACUUGGUCGCACAGAGAGAAAAUGGUAAAUUCAUAUUCAUCGACAUGCUUAAGCUGGAGUGUCCAGAUGGAGAUGAAGGAAAUGGUGUUGGAGGUGGAUUGAUCGAUUUGUAUCGAAAAAUUCAGAAAUUCGUGGAAGUUAAUGCAUCAACUUCACCUGAACUAAAUAGAUGCAUAACCGUUAUGAUGGAUGAUUUAUCUCUUUUAGAAGUGGCUGCUAAAGGGUCUUCAACUUAUGUCUUAGAUUUUCUGCAUUACUGUCACACCUUAACUUCAGAAAAUGGUUGUUCUCUAGUUGUAUUGAAUCACAAUGACAUCUAUUCAAGCAAGACAGGCCCGACGCUCAUUCUACAGAUGGAAUACCUUGCGGACGUUGUGGUCCAGGCAGAGCCUUUGGUGACUGGUUUAGCUACUGAUAUCCAUGGACAGCUCACAGUUCUGAACAAGGGAGCUAUCGACGAGCACGGGGGUGUAAGAAGCAAGUUGCACAAUUUCCACUUUAAGGUUAAAGAAAAUAGUGUUGAGUACUUUUACCCUGGGAGUCGGGUUUAAACUACAUGUUAACAAUGUAUAACUGAUUACAUUAUUAGGUUUUAGAGAUGAUCUGUUCUGUUUUUCAGUGCCGAAAUUUUCUUUACAUCGAGUAAGAUGGUGAGUUGUCAUUCAAAAGAAACUUUUUGAUCAUCUUGCUCGUGAAAAUUUGCCGAGGAACAAGUAAUAUGGAGUGAAUUCUAAAUUAUCAUUUUUUGGCAGCACAAAGAUGGUUUAAAAUCCGAGCAUCGGCAUUAUAUGUUUGGAACUUUAGCAUAUGCGGUUGUUAUCACUGCAGGUGUUUGUCAAAAUGUAUCGGCAUGUUGUGGUGGUUAGACUGAUGUUAUAAUGAGGAUAUUGCUACCGUAAAAUCAAUUAACUGAUAUUUAGAUCUGUAUGUUUUAUUCA